AUGAAUAUAAUGGAAAAUGCUGAAAAAGAAUGUGCCAUACUUGGCUCAUUAUUUCAAGGAAUCGUCAAUGAAAUGAAGAAUAGUUCAACAUUAUGGGAAGAUUUAGUGUCAAAAGCAAACAAAAUGCAUCUUCAACUUAAAUCAACAAUAAUCACUUUCAGUCUUUUUCUUGAUGCUUUUCAACGUAUUGCUGAUUUAGCAACAAAUACAAAAGGUGCCACAAAAGAUAUUGGUACAGCAUUAACACGUUUAAUUUUACGUCAUAAAUCAAUUGAACAAAAAUUAAAAUAUUUUACAAAUUCAUUUAUUGAAACAUUUAUUCAACCAUUAAAUGAUUGUAUUGAAGAAUGGAAAAAAUCUGCAAAUAUAUUAGAUAAAGAUCAUGCAAAAGGUCUCAAAGAUUACAAAAAAUUACGUAAUGAACUACGUAAGAAAGCUUCAGAAACUAUUAAAUUACAAAAGAAAUGUAAAAAAUUGCCGAAACAUGAUAUUCUGCAUAAUAAAUUAAAUUCAGCAAUACAAGAAGUAACAAAUUAUUAUGGAAUGUUAGAAGAACGUGAAAAACAAGCACUUCGAUCAGCUAUGAUUGAAGAACGUAGUCAUUUUUGUACAUUAUUUACUUUAUUAAAACCAGCUAUGGAACUGGAAAUUUCACUCGCAUCUGAAAUGAGUCAUGUUGAAGAUCUUGUACAAUGUUUAAAUAAAAACACAAGUGAUCCACAUUGUUUACCAUUAUCUAGUGAACAAGUUAUUAAAGAUUUAAAAGGCAUUGAUUAUAGUACUAUUGUAGCAUUUAAAACUCCACCUUCAUCACCUGGUUCAUUAAGUUCACGAAAAUCAAGUGUUUGUUCAAUAAAUAGUAUUAGUAGUUCAUCAUCAAAUUCAACAAAUAAUUCACGAAGUCCAAAUCAUAAACAAAGUCAAUUAAAACAACAUCAAUCACAAAUACCUUUACCAAUUCCCCAUCAAUUUUGUCAUUUAAAUGCAAAUCGAACAUUAUCAAUGCCUUCAAAUGUAGCAGUGAGUCGUAUAUCAAGUAUUUCAUCGCAAGAUUCAGGUUUUACAUCUCAAGAACAGUUUUUUGCUCGACCUCCAUCACCAUUAGAAGAGUCAGAACGUGAAGUUGAUGGAAGUACAAGUCCAUUAUUAGUUGUUUGUUCUACAUUAAAUGCUUGGGCUAAACGACCUGAAAUUCCAUCAAAUUGUAAACUUCCAGCAACAGUAACUGGUGCACCAGAACCAAUAAAAAAUUAUCGACCAGCAAUAACAGCACAUACAUUUGAUCCUCCACCAGCUAGUUUAUUUGAAAAACCAAAUUGGCAAAUCAAUGAAGAUACAAAUUCACGAACAUCAACUAUGUCUGAUGAUACUACAUUAUCUCGUCAACAUUCAGUACCUUCUCGUCGUUAUCGAGUACGUGAUCUUAGUCUUGAAAGACAUUCACCAAUGAAAGAACAAUCAACAAUAAAUCAUAUUAAUAAUGGACGUGUUAAAUCGAUUCAAUCACCAACUGUACCACAAGAAUAUUACGGAACUAUUAUCGAACAACAUAGUUCAGGUAUUCAUUAG